GCGGAGCUGGCGCUGUCCUGGCUCCCGAGCAGGGAAGCAGCAGAGGAGGCGGUGCGGCGGGCCCCGGCCGAGGCUCGGGCGGGGCGGCGGGGGAGGCUGGCAGCGGCACCGGUAGCGCGGGGAGAGGGGCGCCGUGGGCUGAGCGCUCCCGGCGAGAGGAGUCCGCUCCAUGCGUGCGGGCCGAGCCCGGCCCCUGCGAGCCGCCGACAUGAAGAAAGACGUGCGGAUCCUGCUGGUGGGAGAACCUAGAGUUGGGAAGACAUCACUGAUUAUGUCCCUGGUCAGUGAAGAAUUCCCAGAAGAGGUUCCUCCACGGGCAGAAGAAAUUACCAUUCCAGCUGAUGUUACCCCUGAGAGAGUUCCAACACACAUCGUAGAUUACUCAGAAGCAGAACAGAGUGAUGAACAGCUUCAUCAAGAGAUAUCACAGGCUAAUGUCAUCUGCAUAGUUUAUGCUGUUAACAACAAGCAUUCUAUUGAUAAGGUAACAAGUCGAUGGAUUCCUCUCAUAAAUGAAAGAACGGACAAAGACAGCAGGCUGCCUUUGAUACUGGUUGGGAACAAAUCUGAUCUGGUGGAAUACAGUAGUAUGGAGACCAUCCUUCCCAUUAUGAACCAGUACACAGAAAUAGAAACCUGUGUGGAGUGUUCAGCAAAAAACCUGAAGAAUAUAUCAGAGCUCUUUUAUUAUGCACAGAAAGCUGUUCUGCAUCCUACAGGGCCUCUGUACUGCCCAGAGGAGAAGGAGAUGAAACCAGCCUGUAUAAAAGCCCUCACCCGUAUAUUUAAAAUAUCUGAUCAAGAUAAUGAUGGCACUCUCAAUGAUGCUGAACUCAACUUCUUUCAGAGAAUUUGUUUCAACACUCCAUUAGCUCCCCAAGCUCUGGAAGAUGUCAAGAAUGUAGUCCGAAAACACAUAAGUGAUGGUGUGGCUGAUAGUGGAUUGACAUUGAAAGGUUUUCUUUUUUUACACACACUUUUUAUCCAGAGAGGGAGACAUGAAACUACUUGGACUGUGCUUCGACGAUUUGGUUAUGAUGAUGAUCUGGAUUUGACACCUGAAUAUUUAUUCCCCUUGCUAAAAAUACCUCCUGAUUGUACUACUGAAUUAAAUCAUCACGCAUAUUUGUUUCUCCAAAGCACCUUUGACAAGCAUGAUUUGGAUAGAGACUGUGCUCUGUCACCUGAUGAGCUUAAAGAUUUGUUUAAAGUUUUCCCUUACAUACCGUGGGGGCCAGAUGUGAAUAACACAGUUUGUACAAAUGAAAGAGGCUGGAUAACCUACCAGGGAUUUCUUUCCCAGUGGACGCUCACGACCUAUUUAGACGUCCAGCGCUGUCUGGAGUAUUUGGGCUAUCUAGGCUAUUCAAUAUUGACCGAGCAAGAGUCCCAAGCUUCAGCCAUUACAGUAACAAGAGAUAAAAAGAUAGACCUUCAGAAAAAACAAACUCAAAGAAAUGUGUUCAGAUGUAAUGUAAUUGGGAUGAAAAACUGUGGGAAGAGUGGAGUUCUUCAGGCUCUUCUUGGAAGAAACUUAAUGAGACAGAAGAAAAUUCGUGAUGAUCAUAAAUCCUACUAUGCAAUUAACACUGUUUAUGUCUACGGACAAGAGAAAUACUUGUUGUUGCAUGAUAUCUCAGAAUCGGAAUUUCUAACUGAGGCUGAGAUCAUUUGUGAUGUUGUGUGCCUGGUGUAUGACGUCAGUAACCCCAAAUCCUUUGAAUACUGUGCUAGGAUUUUUAAGCAACACUUCAUGGACAGCAGAAUACCUUGCUUAAUCGUAGCUGCAAAGUCAGACCUGCAUGAAGUUAAACAAGACUAUAGUAUUUCACCUGCUGAUUUCUGCAGGAAACACAAAAUGCCUCCACCACAAGCCUUCACUUGCAAUACUGCUGAUGCACCCAGUAAAGAUAUCUUCGUUAAAUUGACAACAAUGGCCAUGUACCCAGAGGAUCAUUACAGAGACAGACUCUCCCGAGACACGGGCAACCCUGAUAGGAUAGAGAAUUUGAGAAAAAUCUGGGUCUUUCUAAAAACUGCUUUCCAUGCCCGGUUACGCUGUAUGUGCACCUGCAACAGGUGUACAUUUUGCAUCUGUCAGAACUUCCUCAACUCAGACUUGCUGCAAUCUGUAAAGAACAAAAUCUUCACUGCAGUUCUUAACAGUUUUAGUUCUGCCCUUUAGAACAACAUACGACUAUUCUCCCUCUUCAACAUAACAAUCCUUCAGACAUUUGAAGACGGCCAUCAUGUCUCCCCUAAUUUUCUCUUCUCCAGGUAGAACAUCCCCAUUUCUUUCAGCCUUUUCUUAAAUUAGAUGGUUUAGUGACCUCGUCAGUCCUGGUUGUUCUCAUCUGAAAGCCCUUUAGGUUUCCAGAGUUCCUCUUAAAAGAGGUGCCACUGAGGAUGGAGAGCAGUGCCUCAGGUGUGACGGGGCAAGUCCAGAACAGUGGGCAGGCCUGUUCCACAGUUAAGACAGCACCUGCCCGCUGCAUGAGUUAACUUUUUUAGCAGCCCCAUCCCAUUGUUGAUGCAUAUUAAUCUUGGGGUUAAUGGAAAUCAGAUUUUUUAAAUAUGAAGUACUGUUAAGGCAGUGUCCCCUCCUCUCUAAUUGUGUAUUUGACAUUUUUAGUUGACUUUCUGAAUCUAAACACAGAUACGUAUGUAUCUCUAUUAAAUGUCAUAUUCUUCUUUUUGAUCCAUUUGUUCUAGCUCAGUCAUUUCAAACAUUAUUUUUGUCAUUUGUCCCAUUAUAUAUCUCUCUCGGCAUUGUGUUAUUUGCAAAUUCAGUAGAUAUGUCUUAUCUUUCAAGUUACUGAUGAAAAAUAAUGUUGAAUACCCGGAGCUUGGAGAGAGAGAGAGAGGGCGCCAAAGCCAGCAAGCCCAAAAGUAUUCCACUGGAAAACUCUUUUGCCAGUGACACGGAUUUAAAAUUCUUGGGGAAAGACUGUUCUGUAAAUUAAAAAUAUUUUAUUAUCCAGUAUACAUUUUCUGUUAUUACCUUACAAGAGAUUUCACGGAGGGCUUUUUUGGAGUCAAUAUGUAACUUCCACCACAUGCCCCUGACCUACCAGUGUAGUCAUUUUACCUGAAUAGGAAGUGACAUCUAUUUGGUGUCUUACUCUUGUUGAACCCGCCUUAGCUCCUAAUAAUUGCUAAUCACAAACCAUCUAUUUUAUUUAUUCUGGAAGAUCUUGAGUGUCCAUAAUUGCAGAUUGAUACAUUGUCCGCACCUUUAGUGACAAUUUUAUUGUUGGGUUGAUUUAGUCAGUUUCCAGAUGAAAUAGGUUGGGUGUAUAUUAAUGGAUGAGCUUGUUUAUAGUAAAUUACUCUGUACAAUGAUCUUUGAAGAGAAAUCAGUACAUUUUGUCCUAUCUACUUACAAACUAGAAGUAACUUAAUGGUAAUGUCAGCAUACAUCACUGACAACUAGUAACCAAGAAUGGAAUAAAUGAAAAAGAUAAAGAGGAAAACCAGAGUACCUUUCAGAGAACUCCUUCCUGGUUCCUGGAAUUUUAUGGAAGUGCAGUGGACAUUUAGGGCUUCUGAACUGAAGUUUCUCCUAGUUUACAAAAGGGUGUAGGUAAGGUAGGUGGGGGUAGAGGCCCAAAACUUAAGUGCCUAAGGGUCUGGACAGGCAAUGUGAACGAACGAAGGUGACCAAGUAAAAGAAGUAAGAGCCGCAGGGACUGUGACAGGGACUGUGACAGGCCCUGGCGAAAAGAGGCAGCCACAACCCAGCUCGGGCCGUUUGUUGUUGUCCGGGCUGGGUGUGCCAGGUCUUCUGAUUCUGUGAGACCCUAGAAAUCAGGGUUUUUAUGUGAAAUUUCCUGCUGGUCAAAUAAUGGCAAUUAAAUUUGAAUCUUGGAAAGUGCUAA